AUGUUCAAGGCGCCAUCUCAAGAACUGAUGGCUGCAUGCCUCGCGGAACAUGUCCUUCGCGUCUUGCAGCAUCUCAGCUGGGCUCUUGAUGCCUAUAUAACCAAGAUACUGGCGGAUGGUAUGCGAGUAACCGCCAACGACAGCAUCCGCGUGUUUGGCAGCAAGCUGUGCUUCAAGUUCUCGGAUCGACGUGAUGUGCACCAGCUUGAGUAUAGGAGACUCCUUCAACGAGAUCCUGCCACCGCGUACGGGGGACUGGUGCUCGUGCAUGAGGCCAAGUGUAUGGCCGAAUUCUCGCAAAAUGACAACUUUCUCAGAAUUGUUGCCGUUGAUGAGGCCGAACAAAGCCGACUUCGUUCUCAAGAGCUCAAGUAUGCUGAGACAGGAGUGACGACGUGCGCUUCCGUUGUCCCACACACCUUCGUAAGGACAGCUCGCAUCGCACCACGACGGCCAGGGCGUCCGACACCUGCUUUGACGGAUAAGGAAGCGCCCUUGUCGAGACAUGCUUGA